UAUUCAUCCAACUCUGUCUACAGCAUCAAGCUUUUUGCUGUUUAUUCCUCCCUGAAUGCUUUAAGAAAUGGCUCCUAAGAAGAAGGAAGAACCGAAGCCUGCUGCAGCACCCCCCAAGCCCCCAGAACCAGAACGCCCUAAGACUCCUGAGUUUGACCCUGCAUCAGUGACGCUGGAAUUCACCCCAGAACAACUUGAGGACUUCAAAGAUGCGUUCCAGCUGUUUGACCGAACACCAACCAGCGAGAUGAAAAUAACUUAUGCCCAAUGUGGUGACCUGAUCAGGGCUCUGGGCCAGAAUCCCACUAACGCAGAGAUCAUGUAUGUCCUUGGGAAGCCCAAAGCUGAAGAUAUGCAGACUAAGAUGCUUGACUUUGAGCAGUUCCUCCCAAUUUACCAACACAUUUGCAAGGCCAAGGACCGUGGAACCUUUGAAGACUUUGUUGAGGGUUUAAGAGUGUUUGACAAGGAGGGGAACGGUACAGUGAUGGGGGCUGAGCUCAGACACGUACUUGCAACUCUCGGUGAGAAGAUGAGGGAGGAUGAAGUGGAGCAACUGAUGCAAAACCAAGAGGAUGCCAAUGGCUGUAUAAAUUAUGAAGCUUUCGUAAAGUACAUCAUGGCGUCAUAAGAUAAUCUUAUGAGACUUUUUGUGAUUCUGGUGCUACAUCACAGGACAGUUGACAAUUAGUCAGUUAAAGUUAAUCCAUCAUUCAAGAGCAAGGAGUUUAAUACGCUUAAAGAAAUUACAUGUCCACAUUUCUAUAAAUCAUAUCUUGUAUGAUUUUCAUUCUCAUGUCUCAUGAAAGAUAAACUCACAAAUUCUGUCUAGUUUU